AUGAACUCCGCUUCAGUCAUCUUCCUCGUUACCGCCAUCGUUUUGGCUUCAGGUGUGUAUCUUUUUGCGGUUUUUUUUCUUUUCAUCAUUUAGGAUUUUCCUUUUUCUCAAUUUUCUCUAAUGUUUACAACUUUAUUCAUUGUUUUUCUUUUUCAGCCAGCCCUGCUCGAGUCCGAAGAGACGACCGAGUUGAGAAGUACUGCCUGAAGCACCAAGAGCACUACGACAAGUUCUGCUCCAAGGACUCCGAAAUGGACCGCAGCGUCUAUUCGAAGCUGGCCAAGUUCUGUCCAGCCUUCGAAAAGCACUGCUCGGUCGACAAGCGUGAGGUCGAAGACGACUUGGUCAUGCCUCCUCCACUGCCCAAGUCCAACGACUUCGCCAUGCUCGAUCUGCCGCUGAGCGAGGACGGCCGUCGCAGCUCCAGCUCUUCCCACUCUCGCAACACCGACACGGCUCACUCCAGCACGAGACUCACGGCCGCCAUCAUCGCCUCUUGCACUCCUGACUGCAACGCCGCUCACUGCACCGACGAGUGCAAAUGCGCUCACACCCAUCCGAAAGUCCACCAGAUGUGCAAUCCUCCGUCGUCAGCUCAGAUGGCCGAGACUUGCCAGCACUGGUACUCCAAGUGCACCAUGUUCGCUCCAGUUCAGUACUACUGA